AUGGCUCAGGACGGUGGCACUGUUGUGCCGGUGGAUACUAUAAAGAAGAAAACUGGUGUUUCCAGGAGUUGGAUGCUGUUGGACAGCAGCGGAGAGGGAACUAUUCUGGAUUUGGAUAGGCAGUCUAUCAUGAGAAGAGUUCCAAUUAACGCCAGAGAUCUUCGAAUUCUGGAUCCCAUGCUGUCUUACCCUUCUACUAUUCUAGGCAGGGAAAAGGCUAUUGUUCUCAAUUUGGAGCACAUCAAAGCAAUUAUUACAACCGAAGAGGUAUUGCUACGUGACCCGCUGGAUGAUAAUGUGGUGCCUAUUGUGGAAGAACUUCAAAGAAGAUUGCCUAUGGCUGUUUGCCGAGGGGAAGGAGAAGAUGAUGACCGCCCUGAAAUGCGCAACGAAGUUGAAACUGAUGCUGAAACUGAGUUCCCGUUUGAAUUUCGUGCCUUAGAAGUAGCACUAGAAGGCAUCUGUAGUUUCCUUGAUGCGCGUACCAGAGAACUGGAGACUGCUGCUUACCCAGCUUUAGAUGAGCUGACAUCCAAGAUAAGUAGCCGCAAUCUGGACCGUGUGAGGAAACUGAAGAGUGCUAUGACAAGGUUGACCAGUCGAGUUCAGAAAGUCAGGGAUGAACUGGAGCAACUUUUAGAUGACGAUGAUGAUAUGGCAGACCUGUACUUGUCAAGGAAACUAGGCGGAGUUUCUUCACCAGCGAGCGGUCAAGGUCAAGGGAUUCCAAAUUGGUUCCCUGCCUCUCCAACACUUUGUUCGAAGAUAUCUAAAGCUAGUAGGACGAGUGGUUUUACUACUCAGUCAACAGAAAAUGAUGUUGAAGAACUUGAAAUGUUGCUCGAGGCUUACUUCAUGCAGAUAGAGAGCACGAUGAAUAAGUUGUCCACAUUGAGGGAGUACAUCGACGACACCGAGGACUAUAUUAACAUUCAGCUCGAUAACCACCGGAAUCAGCUGAUUCAGCUGGAGUUAUUCCUGAGUUCUGGCACGGUGUGUUUAUCGAUGUACUCCUUGGUGGCUGCCAUUUUUGGGAUGAAUAUCCCUUAUACAUGGAAAGAGGAUCACGGCUAUAUGUUCAAAUGGGUGGUCAUCCUCACUGGAAUUGCUUGUGCUUGCAUUUUCCUAUUUCUAAUUUCCUACGCCAGGCACAAGGGUCUCGUCGGAUCAUGAUGAAUUGCUUGUGAAGAUCGACGAGACGACGGUCCAGAAGCGGCCACAGAACUGGGACUGCACCGGGUUCAUCUCUGAUGUAAUGUACUGUGGCCGGAAAAUGGAGACAUUUUGCAUUGCGCAUCUGGGUUCUCUGAGCUCCCGUCCCGUCCCAUCCCAUCACUUCUAUUGUUCUGUGUUAGGACUCUGACAAUGGGAACUUAAUCUAGAAUAUUUCAAUCUAUUUAGCAAAACAAAGAAAAGUAAACUUGUACU